AUGGCUCUCAAGCGCAUUAACAAGGAGCUCAUCGACCUCGGACGCGACCCCCCGUCCUCGUGCUCGGCCGGCCCCAUCGGCGACAACCUCUUCCAGUGGCAGGCGACGAUCAUGGGUCCUUCGGACUCGCCGUACUCGGGAGGUGUCUUCUUCCUCUCGCUUACCUUCCCCACCGACUACCCCUUCAAGCCUCCCAAGGUCUCGUUCACCACGAAGAUCUACCACCCUAACAUCAACGCCAACGGCUCGAUCUGUCUCGACAUCCUCCGAGACCAGUGGAGCCCGGCCCUCACUAUCUCUAAAGUCCUCCUUUCCAUCUGCUCGAUGCUUACCGACCCCAACCCCGACGACCCCCUCGUUCCCGAGAUCGCUCACACUUACAAGACCGACCGCGCGCGCUACGAGGCGACCGCCAGGGAAUGGACCAGGAAGUACGCUACGUAA